AUGUAUGACAACCAGAUAGCUCAGAUAGCUCAGUCCGUCUCAAGAGCACAGGGUACAUUCCCAGAGAAGCCAGACUUAAAUCCAGUGGAACAUUGCAACUGCAUUGAGCUGAGGAGCGGACGUACUGUGAGAGACCCUCAAAUCAUUACUCAAAAGGAGCCCUCUCUCCUAUUGCCCAAUCAGAAUCAAAACAGGGAUAGAGAAGAGGCUACUAAAAAGAUUGAAGAAACUUUUCAAGCUACCCCACAGAAUCAGACGAUCCCUUUUCCUCAGAAGCUUAUAGCAUCCCAGAAAGAUAAAGAGUUUAAUCGCUUCCUGAAGAAGAUUAAAGAAAUAUGCAUAGAAGGGAUAUUAUCUAACAGAAGGCAGAAGGGCGACUUUGAGACUAUAGCAUUAACAGAGAAUUGCAGCGCUCUCCUUAUGGUGAAUUCUCCACUAAAGCUUCAGGAUCCAAGAAGCUUCUCCAUACCGUGCAAAAUUGGUUCCGAACUCAUACCGAGAGCUUUCUGCAACUUGGGGGCCAGCGUUAGCCUACUUUCAUACACUUUAUACAAGAAGAUGGGCCUCCAGAAUAUUAAAUUGACCACUAUGGCACUGCAAUUAGCUGACCAUUCAUGCAGAUACCCAAUGGGGAUAGUGGAAGAUAUACCAGUUGAAGUGGGUGGAUGUAUAAUUCCCACAUAUUUCAUUAUCUUGGAUAUGGAGAAAGACCCUAAGAUCCUGAUUAUCCUUGGAAGAUCAUUCCUUGCCACAGCUGGAGCCAUCAUCGAUGUAAAAAGUCACAGGUUAUCCUUGGAGAUCGGCAAAGAAAAGAUAAAGUUUGAUUUAUCAAAUUCCUCCAUCUGCAACCCCUCUUCUCAGGAAAAUUCUCGCAAGAUCAAUAUGCACAAAGUCGAGGAGUGCAAUUUCCAUGAGAGUUCUCCUCCAGCGAGCAACAAGAAAUACAUUUGUCCUGCACAAGCGAAACUGAAGGCGCAGGCUAGAGCAUUAACCCUAGGAGGAGAGUCGUCCUUCUACGGGUUUAGUCCGCAUUAA